AUGCCAGCUAUCGGUAUUGAUCUUGGAACUACCUACUCUUGUAUUGGAUACCUACAAGAUGAUGAAGUCCAGUUCAUUCCGGAUUUACAUCUGAAGCAAAUACCGAGCUGUAUUGCUUUUUCCAAAUGUGGAAUUUUAGUUGGUUCUCGUGCUUUAAGCGAGAUUCAAAUCAAUCCGAAAUGUACCGUAUAUCACUUCAAACGUAUGAUUGGUUGCGAAUUUUCCGAUCCGUCUGUGCAAUCUCGGCGUAAAUUGUGGUCUUAUGAGGUAGUGCGUGACAAUGGCAAACCAAAGGUGCUUGUGGACUCGGGGGAUGUGAAAGAAGUGUGGUCUGUGGAAACUUUGUUCGGGAUUCUGUUACGUCAUUUGAAACAGAUCAGUGAAAGGCAUCUGAGGGAACAAGUGACUCAAGCUGUGAUCACUGUACCGGCCAUGUUUAGCAUGGCUCAACGUGAAGCAACAAAAUCAGCUGCGGAAGAAGCCGGCUUGGAAGUUCUCGGUCUAUUGAACGAGCCGACCGCGGCCGCUAUUGCCUACGGGACAAAUCUUAAUCGCGAAGAUCAGUGUGUGCUUGUGUUCGAUCUGGGUGGCGGAACAUGUGAUGUGACUGUGGUUCAGUACAGAAACCAGGAACUGGUAGUCAGAGCCACGUGUGGUGAUGUGCAUCUCGGUGGUGAGGAUUUCGAUCAAAGUUUGGUCGAGUAUUGUUGUCAAAAAUUUCACACAUUGCACGGGAAAAAUAUUGCGAACGAUAAAGUUGCAAUGCUUUGCCUCCGGGAAAAAUGUGAACUUGCAAAAAUAGAGCUGAGCACACAGUCAGUGACACAAAUUAACGUGCCGUAUAUUGUUGACCAUCUGAAUCUUGAACUGUCAAUCACUAGGGAAACAUUUGAAGCAUUGAAUGUGGAAAAUUUUGCCAAAACACUGAAUUUGGUCGAACGGUGUUUAAGCGAGGCUCAAUUGUCCAAAGAUGACAUACAAGCAGUUCUACUUGUCGGUGGAGCCACCCGAAUACCCCGCAUAGAGAUAAUGUUGAGUAAUUACUUUGGGGAAACAAAAAUCAAUAAAUCCCUGCAUCCGGAGGAAUCGGUUGCUCACGGUGCAGCUCUGUUAGCCGCCUACCUGAGCGGUAGGACCGACGCAGUGGNUAUAUUACCAAAUUUCAUGAUGUGA